AUGGUCUCAGUGCCUACUAGCAAUGUGCUAGACACCAUUGGCAACACGCCCUGCGUUCGCUUGAACAAUGUCGUCCCUAAAGCAUGCGCGCAAGUGUACCUCAAGCUUGAAUAUUUUAAUCCGACCGGCUCGUAUAAAGAUCGCAUGGCCAAGUCAAUUAUCGAAGAAGCAGAGAAGAGAGGCAGCCUCAGACAAGGAAUGACAGUAGUGGAAGCAAGUGGCGGCAGCACUGGUUCAUCACUCGCGCUUGUCUGUGCAGCUAAGGGGUACAAGAGCAUUGUAGUGUCCUCGAAUGCAUUUGCGAUCGAAAAGCUUCGGACUAUGAGCGCUCUCGGAACUCAGGUCGACAUAAUACAUAGCCCUUCCGGCAAAAUUCACGCUGAUCUCAUUCCGUCGAUGAUCCGACGCGUUACCGAGCAUGCAAAGGACUCUCAGAUAUACUGGACGAACCAGUUCGAGAAUAAAGACGCAGUUGCCGGAUACCAGGUCUUAGGCUCAGAACUAAUACAACAGUUUCCAGACGGUGUGGACGCCUUUUGCGCCGCUGUUGGGACUGCUGGCAUGGCAAUGGGUGUUGCGCAGGCCCUAAAAGAUAAAUUCUCGAACUGUCAUAUCGCCGUUCUUGAACCUUUGUCCUCGUCGCCGAUUUCGACUGGUCAAGCCGGGGAGCACCAUAUUGAGGGCAUUGGUAUCGGGAUUGUCCCGCCACUUUUAAACAGAAACUUAUACGAUCAGGUUUUGGCGAUCGAAGAAGAAGAAGCCCGAGCAAUGUGUCGUCGAUUGGCCAAGGAAGAGGGGAUUUUAGUAGGAACCUCGACUGGCCUGAAUGUUAUCGGUGCAUUAAGACUGGCGAAAGAGCUAGGCCCUGGCAAAACAGUUGUUACUAUUGCCUGUGACACGGGACUUAAGUAUAUGAAUGGAGAUUUACUUUUUUAA